GCAAUGAUGGCCGGCUGUGCAGCAGAGGAGAAAACCUUCCGACGGUUCCUGGAGCUCUUUCUCCGGGAGAUGAGCCCUCCUCUGCAGGACAGCGACCCGCUGCCCUCUCGCCCCUUGACGGACCUGGUGUGCGAGGACGAGGUGGAGGGGGAAUGCCUCGAUCUGUGUCUGCAGCACCUCUACAAAUAUAACUGCCCGUGCUCGCUGGCGGCGGCCUUGGCCCGGGCGACGUCGGACAGCAUCCUCCAGAGUGACCUCACCAUUCACCACCUCAUAAAGAGCGUGGAAGACGGAGUCGGCCCUUUACCGCAGAUCGAGGCGGUCAAGCUGGCGCGGCUCAUCUUCAACCGGCUCUUCGAGACGUGCGGCGCGUGGACCAAGGAGCUGCCGUACCGCCGCCGCCCGCAGCCCUACUACGAAACGUCCAUCCACGCCAUCAAGAACAUGAGGCGCAAGAUGGAGGACCGGCACAUCAUCAUCCCCGACUUCAACACGCUCUUCAACAUUCAGGAUCAGGAAGAACAGGCAUUCUUUGCCGUGUUCGACGGACACGGCGGCGUGGAUGCCGCCAUUUACGCCGCCAACCAUCUCCACGUCAACCUGGCGCGCCAGGACUCUCUAAGCCAGGACCCGGGCGAAGCCCUCCGCCGGGCCUUCAAAAUCACGGACGAGCACUUUGUCAAGAAAGCCUCACGGGAGAACCUGCGCUGCGGCACGACGGGCGUGGUGACGUUCCUCCGCGGUCGGACGUUGCACGUGGCCUGGCUGGGAGACUCUCAGGUCAUUCUGGUCCGCCGCGGAGAAGUAGUGGAGCUGAUGAAACCGCAUAAACCAGACAGAGAGGACGAGAAGCAAAGGAUCGAAGCUCUGGGAGGUUGCGUGAUCUGGUUCGGGACCUGGAGGGUUAACGGCAGUCUGUCGGUAUCCAGAGCCAUAGGCGACUCGGAGCACAAACCGUACAUCUGCGGGGACGCCGACCACGCCGCCUUUCCGCUGGACGGCUCGGAGGACUACCUGCUCCUGGCCUGCGACGGUUUCUGGGACACCGUGAGUCCGGACGAGGCGGUCCGCGUGGUGAGUGACCACCUCCAGGAGAAUGCCGGCGACACCGCCAUGGUAGCCCACAAGCUGGUGGCCUCGGCCCGCGACGCCGGCUCCAGCGACAACAUCACAGUCAUCGCCGUCUUCCUGCGGGACCCGCGCACCCCGCCGGCGACCGCCAGCGUCGAAGAGGACGAGGACGAGGGCGCCGCAGAGGCUGAGGUGGAAGAGGAGCCCGUGGCGGAGGCGGAGGAGGAACCGGAAGAGGAGGAAGAGGAAGUCGAGGAGUCGGCCAGGGCGGAGCGAGGCGGCGAGGGGGGCAGCGCGGCGGACAACGGGGGGAAAAGCCGCGGCGGGUGGCCGCUGCAGCAGUGCUCGGCCCCUGCUGACCUCGCCUACGAAGACCGGACGGACUCCUUCACAGACAGAACCAGCCUCAGCCUAGUGGGGCCCGCGCCGGGGGGCCGCAUCCCUUUCCUCCGGGGCUCCCACUUCUUGGAGAAACACCCGCCGAGACGCAGGUCCCGCCGCACUUUCACAGACCCACCGGGGCCCCAGACCGCCUCGCCGUUCGGCCGGGUCCCCAGGCAAAGCCGCAGGUUCGGCGGCCUCAGGUUGCGCCAUAGAAUCGUCGAGCCGCUGGAUUCCGCGCCCCCCUACGCCAUCUGGAGGCCCCCCGCGGGCGCGCCCCGUCUGCCCCGCGACGCCGCCAUCUAAUCCAGGCAGCUGCCCAAAACACGGAACCGCCUCUCUCCAGAUAAUCCUCCUCCUAUCCGACACAAUUUUUUUUUUUUAUUUCUCUUUUUUUGGGAUAGUUUAGAUAGUUGUGGCUCCUGCGUUCGUAAACGUGACAAUUGACUGGUCCUGUCUGUCCAGGAAAAAAAAAAAAUUAAAAAAAAAAAAAAAAAAAAAGCAAAUAUUAAUGUCAUCCAAGCCUACCAAACACAAGCUUCGCUUCAAAAUAUACCGCGUCAUCGUGACGCUGCGACGUAUUCACGCGGACGGUUUUGCGCACUCGAUGGGACGGAUUGUUCGGUUCGGAUAUUAACGAUCAACGGCAUUGAUAUCUUGAUUGGGAUCGGGAGUCUCUCUCUGAAUGUUCUGGACUCCUGUUUUCACGCCACUGUCGUCAUUCGGCCGCAGGAAUUGUGUAGCCCCCAAAAGCUAACGGCAUCUCGUUGUUCUUAGCAAACGAACCGAGACCAGAUCAACAGCGCCUCUGGUGGUUACCGCCAACCAGUGCACCCCUUUUUUGUCUCGGUUGCUCAAAGGCGAUCAUUUCACUAUUAAUCGAUCACUUAACCGCCGCCAUUUCGUAGGUUGACUAUCGCUCGCCGAUGCCUGCAAAAACGUGGAAUGAAUUUUUGCUGCUGCCACAACACCAAAAAGUGUAAUCUUGUUGUACUGGAAUUUUCAAAUUGGUCCCCCCAAAAAAACAUUUUUCAGCUUUAUAGUUUUUACAUUUUCAUGGAAGUCAGCAAUUUUUCACCCACAAAAAAAAAAAAAAAAAAAGUUUCACGUUGUAUCAUUUUCUUCAUACAUUUAAAAAAAUAUUUUUUCAGGUAAAUGGAUUUUGUUUUACGGCGAUUCCUCAAAUUUGUUGCUAAAUGAAACUGGAUUAACAUUGGGGGGGUAAAAGCAAACCAAUUUGGCUGUGCUUUUCUUUGGCUCGGAGGAAAAUUCCUUUCAGCUUUUUGGCACCGACGCCGCUGACCCGUCUCUCGUUCUGCCGUUGACCCGGCCCAUUAUCCAUCCGCGGCUUGUUGUACGACGAGAGCACUUAUACGGCGGAUUAUGGAAGAUUAGUCGUCACUUACCUGGUCAAAUGCGGUGUCGUGCUUUUCCACGGUGCGGAUUUAGCCCCUGCGCUGCGUUAAUGGACUUUUGCGAGAGGACAAAAGGUGAACGUUUGGCUACGCGUUCCGCAGAUGUCGGCGGACGUAAUUAUUAGCGGCGGAACACGGCGUGGACACUUUGAAAGCUACAGACCAUGUGCCUUGUGUCAAAGCCUUCUUCCCCAAGAACUUACUCAUCAAUCAUCGUCAAGACUGGAUCGUUAUCCGAUCACAUUUGUGCCACUUUUCCAAAGAAACGUCUUAAGCUAACAACGACUGGAAACCGACGAGCCAGCUAGCUAGCUAGAUAGAUAGCAAUUCAAAUUUUAACAAAGUGGUCCAAGCUCAUAUUUGGCGUUUCCCGUGAUACCGGGAGAAGUUGUCUUAAAAAUAGCUAAAUAACUGGAAAGUUACUCGCUAGCAAGCCGAGAGAGACAAAUCUAAAUAUCAACAUCAAAGUGGUCCAAGCUAUUUUUUGCGCUCUAGUUUUCCGGUCCUCAUGCUAAACUGUUUGCUUACAUAUACACAUAAUAAUAAGCUCUCCAUCAUCUCAUCUUUUAACAUUAUUUGCACUUUUUUGUCCCUAACCAUCCCAAGCUCGCUAUCGCAACAUGUUUGUUUGUCUGCGAAUAAAGCUACAGUAUUAAUAUUUCCGCUGCGAUGCUAAAAUAGAGCUAACGUCAUAGUUGCAUGAUCCGUGGGGGUCGGUCCACUUCACUGCAGAAAUACACGCCAAGGUAAUCGUCCUAAUAAUGAUAUAGCGACACUUUAUGGAUGGCUGUUGAACGAGAGCCUUAUGCUAAAUAACCGCUCGCUUACAACAGCAUUUAUUCAAUAAUGAUUUAGUAUCACUCGUAUGAUUUCACACAAAGGCGACCCGCAGUUGGGGAAUGUAUACGAUUGAACUCUUGGCGUAAUCUGCGACGUUGACCAAUGAAUUUUCUGCCUUUGGCGGCAGCAUCACAAACCUUUAAAAGCUGUCGUUUCUCCCGAUAUCAUGCCAGGCGGGACGAAGUUUACCCUGCAGUUUUACGCAAAAAUUAUCCCCCCCCCACGUCACCGUUCUUUAGAAAUUGCAUCGAUACGGAAAUGGGGAAAAGUGUUUUCCGUUGUCAGAAGCCUGAAAUUAGAAAAAUUUUCUUAUUUUCUUUUUUUUUUGUCCCUUAAACUCCUGUUUUCUCCGGGCAAUUUUCUGCCUUAAGGGGGGAAGGAACAGGUUUGGGGCUAAGCCGUAUCGGGAGUUUUGAAAGCAAUUAUUCCCGACAAGAUCUUCGAGCCGCUUGCUGUCUGUCUGUGCGAAAACAGCAAUUUUUUUUUUUUUUUUUUUUUGCUUUGCCGGCCUACGGUGGACAAUUGUAUUUUGUGGGCUCUCCGUGUGAUGCUGAACGACGGCGUGAGCGUCACGUGUCCGUCGAAAGACUCUGACCGCCCCCCCCCCCUCCCCCCGCUGCUCCAUCCAGUACGGGCGGCCACGAAUAAUCGGCCGAUCAUUGUGACGAACGUACCAUACCUCCAGCUUUAUUUUAUCCGCCUUAAAUCACAUCUUGCCAAUCCGAAUAUAUACAGUAGGACUCGCAGAAAGUUUGGACAUUUGCGCCUUUCUGUGACUCUUUCGGUCUCUGUCGUAACCUGUCGAUGACGUCAUAAGCACCUGUAGGCCUGAGCUGGGGCGGGGUGGAGGUAAGCGGCAGCCAAACAGACCAAAAUGCAAACGACACGGACGUGCAAAGUAUCUUGAGGUGACGGCAGAGGGACUCGCAGAAAGGCUCAAUAUCUCCCAACUUUUUGUGUAUAGUGUACACCGGUAGUGGGUAGACUUUUAUUUUGAGAGCACACAGUAUCUCGCAAUAAUGAUGCUUUUUUUUUUUUUUCAAUUCUAAUAAUCCUCCGUCAAUCGAUCGGUAAGGAUGUUUUCAUAUUAACUGAUACGCGACACCGCUUAACUACCGUCAUGUCGACAUCCGCCACUGCUGUGCUGUUUUGAAAAAGUACAUAGAAAUUAAAAUUGAUUGUCGCUGUACAAGCAAUAAAUAAAUCCAAGUUGGCCCCUGUGCGACGCACCGUCGAACUAAAACUUACCUAAAAUACUUUUCAACUUUGUCCUUGCUCGCAUUUUCCAUGAAAUAUGGUAAAAUUUCGUGUGCCCCAACAAAUGGCUUUUACCUGUCAAAAAAUACUUUUGAAAAAUGUGAAAAAGGCUCAGUUUGUGAGCGCC